GAUUCAAAUAGAUUUUUCUAAGUUUUGUAAAAUAUUGACACCUCUGGCCCCAUCUCCCCAGGUGAGACCUAGCCGAUGUUAAUUUGCGCGGGUAUAUCUACUGCAUCUACUUCUCCGCCGGCAGAAACCAUGGCGGUAGAACGGAGACCCUCGAACGAGGCUCUUCUACAGCAGUUGAGGGAUGGAAGUGCGAAGUUUGAACUCGCAAGCCUUUCGAUUUUGCCGUUGCCUUAUGGGCCGAGGUUCUUCGCUAGAAUUGGCUCCUCAUUGAAUGGGAUAUCGCCGGCAUUGAAGAAAGUGGAACAUUACUCGGUACAAAAGGUCACUGGUGAUGGCCGCUGCAUGUUCCGCGCACUGGUGAAGGGAAUGGCAAGAAACAAAGGUUUGAAGCUUAAUAUGAACCAAGAAACUGAGGAUGCAGAUGAAUUGCGAAUGGCCGUCAAGGAGGUGAUGUGCGACAAUGGUGAAGAACGACUUCAAUAUGAAGAAGCACUUGUAGCAAUUACUAUAGACGAGUCCUUAAAACGAUAUUGCCAACGGAUUGGACGAUCUGGCUUCUGGGGUGGAGAGUCAGAGCUAUUGGUCCUGUCAAGGCUAUGCCAUCAGCCAAUCGUGGUGUAUAUACCUGUACAUGAGCACUCAGCAGCUACUGGAAGCAAUGGUUUCAUUCCUAUUGCUGAAUACGGUUCUGAGUUCAAGAAGCCUAAGAAAGGGAAGGCAAGGAUGGCAGUGAGAUUACUAUACAGCAGCAACAACCAUUAUGAUCUACUCAUAUGAGAAAUGCAGAAUAUAUUUGUAUUUGACGUCCAAUUCUUUCCAAGUAUAAUUGAGCGACGAACAGAAUGCAUUUAUCUCUUGUAUUUGAGAAGUUGCCUAAAUGAAGCAGUGCUUGUCUCUUGUGUUUGAGAACUUUCCUUUCCUAUAUUUGCUGCAAGCUGCAAUCCGCAAGAUCCAGGAAUAGUUGGAUGAGAUAUAUUUUCUCCGUACAGUCUCUGGAAUGUCCGGAGGCGAAUCAGGAUGCGUUGCAUCGUCCAAUAUACAACAAAAUGGUGAUGUGACACAUCCUGAUUCGCCUAUGACUGACCGGUGACCGCACGUAAUAAUUUAUACCUCACUCCAUGUAUGCUUGAGAAUAGGAAAAAAAUGGGUUUGUUUUGCACUUCUAAAUAGAAAAGAGUUCAUAUGUAUGGAAUAUACCUAAUUAUUGUUAUAAGAAGUAUGCUCGCAGCACAUGCA